AUGGAGGGAGAAGGAAAGAUUGAUAAUGGCGAUGUACAUGAGGGAGCCUUAGGUGCCACAGAGAGAUUGACAGGUGCAUUGGUUGGUAUUCAGGAGGAAGAUCGAACUGCUGUGGAGAGACUUCAAAUAUCGGCAUCCUUACUCCUUAAAGUCUGUGAUAAUGUGGUAGAUGCUGCCAUAGAUUCAGUGGAUCAUACAGAAAGCGAACAAGAUUCUGUUACAAUGCUGAAGAACUCGGCUGUAAUGAACACCCUUGUCAGGUCUGUAUCCGUCGUUGACAAGGUAUCCGAGGUCCUGAGCAACAAUGUGAUCACCGGAGAGGGACCUGUUACCGUGGAUGCAGGCAACAUCAGGGUCAAAGUUCAGAAAACGGAAAGCGAAGAUGUCGAAGGUAACUUUGAAGUGGAGCCUGGCUGCAAUCUUGAUUUUCCACCCGCUCAAAACAUGUUUGAUACCAGUGCUACAACAGGAGGAAUUGAAUUCAAGGCUGUGAUGUACCAACCCAACAUGCGACCCUUCGCCAACGGAGCAGCUGAAAUCAACAGCAAGACGGUAUCCUUCCAGUUCAUUGACAGUUCCACCAAUGGUGUCAUUGAGGUCAAGAACACCAUGCAACCGAUCACCAUCACGAUCCCUCGCAUCAAUGGACCUACCAUAACCUUGGAUAACGAGACAUUGACAUCCUUCAGUCAAACGUAUGGAGUGGGAGGUCCCAUCGCUCUUCAUACUGUUGGAAGUAAUGCAUGGAACUGUACCUUGGCCCAGUCUGUCACGCUGUCAGACUACCCGUUAUAUAACAGUACUCUGGUUGAUCCCUGGAAUAAAACUGACUUCAUAUCCGUGGAAGGAAACACAAGAUGCUUCAUCGAUAACGACGUCAUGAAUGAGAUACUGGGUAACGGUACAUACGCAUCAGUAAAUGUUGGAGUGAGAGAGCUAGCCAAUGAAGUGGAAUGGAACGCGACCUAUGCCAGAACUCCCAAUGCUACGUUUGAAUUCAAACACUAUUCGUUCAGCCCCACACUGCACAGCUGUUCUUAUAUCAAGGAAAGGGAUAGCGAAGCUGCUUGGAAGAAAGAUGGAUGUCUGGUCAGCCCGUCCAGUAAUGCUACCCAUACGUCUUGCCUCUGCAACCAUCUGACCAUGUUUGGUGCAGGAUUCCAGAUACCCAUGAACAGGAUCGACCUCUCUCAGUCAGCCUUCACCAAGCUCCAUGAGAAUCCAGUGGUAUUUGCCUUCAUGAUGUGUUGCCUCUGCAUCUACCUGGUGGUCCUUCUCUGGGCAAGGAAAGCUGACAAAAGAGAUCUACUGAAGGCUGGAGUGACCCCACUGAUUGGAAACAAACCUCAUGAUAAGUGUCACUAUGAGGUCACAGUGUUCACUGGUGUAAAGUCGGAUGCAGGCACCACUGCACGAGUCCAUGUCAUCAUCACCGGGGACCACAACGACAGCGGCGUCCGCACCCUCCACGACCCAAAGCGCAAGGUCCUCCAGAGCGGAGGCAUCGACUCCUUCCUGCUGACGUCCCCCAGGUCCUUCGGAGACCUCGAGCAUGUGAGGAUCUGGCAUGACAACGGCGGGAAGAACCCCAGCUGGUUCCUCUCUCAUCUCUCUGUCAAGGACUUAAACACCAACAAGAUGUUCUACUUCAUGGCUAACAGGUGGUGGGCCGUGGAAGAGGAUGAUGGGGCAAUUGACCGUGUGAUUCCAGUGGCCGGCCGGAGUGAGCUGACCAGCUUCACCCAUCUCUUCUCCACCAAGACCAGAAAGAACCUGAGUGACGGUCAUCUGUGGUUCUCGGUCUUCUCCAGACCGGUCAAGAGCCGCUUCACCAGGGUCCAGCGUGUGUCCUGCUGUCUCUCCCUGCUCUUCUCAGCCAUGAUGGCCAAUAUCUUCUUCUAUAAUGUUGAUUUUACCGGCAGUGGCACCCAGACGGUGUAUAGCCUCGGUCCUAUCAGCUUCUCUACGGGUGAGGUUGUCAUCGGUGUCAUCAGCAGCCUGAUGGUGUUCCCAGCAAACAUCCUUGUGGUACAGAUCUUCAGGCUGUCAAGACCUCCGCCGAAGCAUGCAAGGAUUUGCUGCAUGAAGAGGAAACAGCCUCGAGUGUCUUCUGCAGGCAGGAGGGACAUUGCAUCCCGCCUCUCCUUUGCCUCCAGUAUGGGCUCCAGAGAGCUCCGGCAGCAGCUGGACCUGCUAGAGAGGGGUCAGGCGACGCCCCCUCCACCGACCAUCUCCGCCCAGGUCCAGGGAGCGGGUACCCAUCGGGUUAGCUCUCCUUCUCAAAUCCAGCUGGACCAAAUAAAGUCCCGGGAUCAGAGGUCCUUUUCCUUCGACUCCUCAAAUCUAAGUGACCGCACCCCAUCUCCCGUUACCCGUAUCCCUGCUCUCGCGACGGAAGCAGGAUACAAGACGAUGCAGGCAAAGCCACUGAGGAGAAAGAAGAAGAAGUUUGAGUUGCCAUGGCAAUGCCUUUAUUUUGGAUGGGCCUUGCUGGUGACGUCGGUGGGUGUGGCAUUCUGGCUGACCAUCGAGGUGGCUGGUCAGUUCGGCAAGACCAAGGCGACAGAAUGGCUUGUAUCAAUGUGUAUAUCUCUGAUCCAAGAUGUCUUCUUCACUCAGCCUCUGAAAGUUCUCUUUCUGGCAUUCUUCCUCUCUCUCCUCUUUAAGAAGCCAGAGAAGGAGGAGGAUGAUGUACCUCCUCUAGGAGACGAUGAGGAGUGGUUACAUGAGGGGGGUGGAAUAGACCCCUCGCAGGGCAUCCCGCCGGGGAUUUCCCCUCCCAAUCGUGACGAGCUAGCUGCUGCGAGGGAGUUGAGAUUCAAAGAGAUCAAAAUGAAGAGCAUCAUUCGUGAAAUCAUUCUCUACAUCCUGUUCCUUAACAUCGUGAUGCUGAUAGCAUUUGGUGACAGGGACCCUCAGGCAUUCUACGUCAACAAGUCUAUGAAAGAUGCCUUCGUUGAAGCCCACUACCAUGGCCUUAUGAAGUUUACCAAGAUUCAAACACGAGAACAGUUCUGGAACUACACAGAGAAUGUUUUCAUCCCAUCUCUCUUCUCUGAGACAUGGUAUAACGGGAAGGAGGACAUCCAGGGUAUCAAGCAGAGGUUGGUCUCUGGGAAGCAGAUGAAUCUGGUGGGAAUGGCAAGGCUGAGACAGCUUAGAGUUAAACAAGAAUCUUGUGACCUACCAGAGAAGAUACAAAGCUCUAACAUACAGUGUAAACGCACCUAUUCAUUCGCUGAUGAUGAGGAUGAAGACCUUGCUCCGGGAUGGAAACCAGUUAAUGAAUCAGAUCCUAUGGACUACACAACUACUGAGGGUUGUGUUUGGAAGCAUUACGACUGGACCGAGAUUGAUUCAUUCCCUUACCUUGGAAAACAAGCAACCUACAAGGGAGGAGGCUAUCUGGCUGAGAUACCCACAAAUCCUACUACUGCUAUGGCCCAGAUGCAGUACCUACGUGAUUCAUUUUGGGUGGACCAGUACACAAGGGCUGUUUUCUUUGAGUUUGUCACCUAUAACCCUAUCAACAAUAUGUACUGCAUUUCUUUUCUACUGGUUGAAUUUCCAUCACAAGGGGGUGCAUUCCCAUACGUGAACUUCCGCACCAUCCGGCUUGACCGCUACCAGGGCAACUUUGCCUAUUUUGUCCUAGCCGGUGAGGUCACCUACGUCCUGUUCCUCCUCUACUUCACCUACAAGGAGAUCAAACUCUUCAUCAAAAAGAAGAGAGAGUAUUUCAGAAGCUUCUGGAACAUGUUGGAGGUCACGACCCUGGUCAUGGCGUACUGCGCGAUCACUUUCUACCUGUACCGGUUGUUCAUCGGUCGACAGCUUAUGGCGCAGUACCGGACUGACCCUGACAGCUUCUUGAAUUUCCAGUAUGUCUCCCAUUGGGACUCUGUAAGUACCACAACCGUCAACGUCAUUUUGGCAAUUCAAGUUGUAGAUAUUAACUUAUAA